UUAACACAUUAUUCCAAAACAUACAGCAGAUUUAUUGUUGUGUUCAUUUCACAAUACAUCAUGACCCAUACUGCACUAUUGAACAAACCUGACCCAUCACAAUGAUAGCUUGCAAAAGCCAAACUAUAAAAUCCUUCUGUCUGGAGAGUUCUGCAUAAAGACGUGUUAAAAACAGGAAGUUCUGAAGAUGUUUCCUGUUUUUGCAGAGAUGUAGAGAUAUUACCCACAGGAAGGCCCUGCUAGGAGCUCCACUGAACGCUUUGUUAUUUUUAUUUUGUGAAUAUAACUGGACCACUCUUCUGGAUAUAGCAUUCUCCAGGGGUUUGAUGCCUCCAAUGGUCUGUGGCAAUGGGAGACAAAGGAGAGGUUCUGAUCAGUAUAUUAGACGAGCUGAUUGGUGAAGAAUUGAAAAGAUUUAAAUUUUCUCUUGAAAGCAUUGAAAAGAAGUAUUCAUGUCAACACAUCCCCAGAGGCAAGUUGGAACAUGCACAAGUCACGGAUAUUGUCAGUCUUCUGAUUGACCACUAUAGUGACCACACCAUAAAUGUGGUAAAAGAUGCCCUUAUUCAUAUCAAGAAGAGAGAUCUCGCUGACCAGCUUCAGGAGAAAGCUGAGACAGUACUGGAAGAGAUCCACCCAAAGAACAGAACAACAGUUUGUCAAGAAAGUUACAAAAAAGAAGUCAAGAAAAAAUAUGGAAAAACAAAAGACUACAAUUCCUUGCCCGGGGAAUGGGUGGAUUUCGAUAAGAGAUUCACAAAGCUGCUCAUUCUCAAAAGACAUCCCAAUUUACAGGAAAGAGAAUACGAGCUGCAAUCAAUGGGGCAUCUGAAGUUAAGAGAGACAUAUAAAAACGAUGAAGACCUAUGCCUUCAGGUAGAAGAUGUAUUUGCUUCAGAUGAAAACGGAGAAAUACCAUCAACUAUUGCACUCCAAGGACCUGCAGGAAUUGGAAAAACAUUCACAGUUAACAAAAUUAUGUUUGACUGGGCAUCAAACAACAUCUUCCAGGGCAAGUUUGAUUAUGUUUUUCAUUUUAACUUUAGAGAGCUCAAUACAAUCAGUUGUAAUGUUAGCUUGAUCGAAUUGAUCUCCGACCGCCACAGCAAUUUAAAUCUUGAUGAGAUACUAGCUCGCCCAGAAAAAAUCCUUUUCUUGAUGGAUGGUUUUGAUGAGUGGAAGUUUCCUUUAGAUCAAGAUGACUCUGGCCUGGGUAAAGGUGAAUGUUCAAAGCAGCCAGUUGCAAUCACAGUAAGCCGGCUACUUAAAAGGAAAAUUUUCUCAGAAUCGACCCUGUUAAUCACAACGAGGCCAGCAUCUUUAGGAACCCUUGAAGAAAGUGUGACUCUGCAACGCUGUGCAGAAAUACUGGGGUUUUCAGCAGAUGAAAUACAGGAAUAUGUGUUUAAUUAUUUUCCAGACAAGGAGCAAGCUGCACAAGCCCUGAACUACAUCAAAGAAAAUGAGUCUGUGUUGACCCUGUGUUUUGUUCCAGUUGUCUGUUGGAUUGUUUGUGAAGUAAUAAAAGACAGCAUUGAACGUGGAGAAGAAAUUACAAGGAACUUGAAAACAAUAACCCAGGUGUUUGUUCAAUUUGUAAGAAUCCUACUAAAAUACCAUGGCAACAAAUGUCCGUCAGAUACCAUUCACAAGCUUGGCUCGCUGGCUUUGGCAGGAGUCAGGAAACAUCAAUUUUUAUUUCAGGAAGAAGAACUGGAAAAGCUUUUUUCCAAUCAUAUUCAAGAUGCCUCUGCAUUUCUCGAUAAAAUACUAUUUAAGCAGAACCUCAGCUGUAGGUCUGCUUACCAUUUUCUGCAUUUGAGUAUCCAAGAGCUAUUGGCUGCCAUGUUUUGUGUUUCAGGCAUGUCUGAUGAAGAAAGGAAUAACUUGCUCUGUGAGGCACUGGAUAAUAGUUGUUUUUUUAAUGUAGUUUGCUUCAUGUUCGGACUUGCAAAUAAGAACACACAGGCCUUGAUUCCAGACAGUAUAGUACUACCUAUUUCUGUAUUAAGAACACAGUUGGAAAAUUGGAUGAACAAAGCCAUGACAUCAUCGUCUUAUGAUUCCUAUGUUCUUGUAUUGCUGCAUUGCUUGUUUGAGAUUCAGGAUGAGGAGUUUGUUAGGAAGGUAAUGGAAUACCAGUACACAGAUCAUUUGGCACUCAUUGCAGGCUAUUUAAAUAAACAUGACUGCACUGUAAUAAAAUAUUGCAUCGAGCAAUGUGGCGAAGUGAGAAGUCUUGAUCUUCUGUUGUGCAUCUUGGGGGAAGAGGAAGUCAAAGUCCUUGUGGAGGUUCUUCAGAAAUGCAGAUGUUUUUCCAUGGAAGCCAGUAACCUCACCAAUACCACAGUACAGAACUUCUGUCAGAUGCUCUCUACACACCCCGACAAGAAUUGCUUGUAUCUGGAUAUAGCCCUGAAAAAAAAACAACUGAACUUGUUCUGUCAAACAUACUGGCAUCGUGAUCUUAUAGCUGAUGUCAAUGUCAUUGAGAGCUUUUCAAUCAACGGCGAUCUCCCCGAAGAUUUCGUUUUGAACAUCUGCGCUUUGAUUAUUCCAAAGUAUAACUUUGAAAAAAUAUCACUCCAGAACUCUCAACUUAGCAACAAUUUCCUAAAAGGACUGUGUGGAGUUUUGGAAACAUCAACCAUUGAUCUCCAGUCUCUUGAGCUGAAUGACUCACACCUCACAGACAGCUGUGUUGACUCCCUCUCCUCUGGCCUUGAUGAGUUCAGCAGCUCAUUGGUGCGUCUGGACCUGAGCAAUAACUUUUUCACAGACAGCUCUGUUGCCAGCUUCAUCCAGAUCAUGCUAAAGUAUACCAGCCUGGAGAUUUUCAAGCUUGAAGGGAAUCAGUUCAGUUUAGAAGGGAAGAGAAACCUGGAUGUGAAGGAGGAGAUGCGGAGGUGUGGCUGUCGUCUGUCUGUAGUCGAUGAUGGUCCUGUUGUUUCAGUUAGGAGCAGUAAUGAGGAAGAGCAUCAGGAAUGCAAGCGUUACUUGUCUCUGUAUAUAUGAAGACGAAAAUGCAUCUGUGGCAAAGUGGUGAUUGAUUAUAAGUGCCUGCAGUGCAGAGUGGAUACAAAACAAACAGAAAAUGGCUUUCAGGUGCAAGGGUUUAUUGAUUUAUUUAACAAGGUCCAGAGCCUUAUGGCGAACGCCUGUAAAUAAUAAUGAUGGAGUGAUACAGCGGCGUGUAUCACUCGGUAAUUGUAAUCCCCGGGUUUGACCCGUAACCAAAAAGUUCAGUUCUAUUACACCCACACGAAACACAAAACACAAACCCAAUUAACAGUGAAUUAUAUUAGUGCUCGUGGUGCAAGACAAUUCUCCUUGAACAAAGGGAAAGUGUUGGUGUCCAGGUUUGAUGCUGGCUGAAUAGCGACAGCUCCGGAUCUUUAGUAGCAGUCUAAAAUAACAAACAGUUUUUACUUAGACAAACUAAAACACAACACUCCCGUUUUGGCAACACAGGAUUCUCCUUCUAGGUUUGAUCUAACCAUUUACAAAGGAACAGAUCACUUACACUAUGUCCUCUAUUUAUACCCUCGCUCAUGACCCCUAGGUUAACGAGCGCAUCCGCUCCUCCAAUCCUCAGAUGCCACGCCGUUUACCGCCUGGGUCAUUGAGUUUGGGUACUGUAGCUUCGCCCCUUUACUAAAUGAACGACUUCCACCUACCCAAAGGAAUAAAUUGUCAUGCCAUUUAGUUAAGGGUACUCUGUUCCUUUUACACAGUGCCUUCACAGGUCGAGAGGGAGCUCUAACACCAAGAAUCAUUCGAUCUCUGUCACAGCAUCUUAUAACCCCCCCAGACUCUACAGCUAUGAUCAAACGUUUUGCAUUACCCCAUAUAACUAAUUUUACUUCACAAAGUUGAAUGAAACCUGCUGAAUAAUGUUAUGUUAAUAUAUUGAAUUACACACGCUUUGUAGUUUUCCAUAUACUUAACGAAAAAAUGCCAACAAUUGAAAAUGUGACAUUUCAAAAUCUAACACAUGAAAUAAACUGUUGUAUUACUAUUAUGGCUUCCGGUAGACUUUUGCAAAUUAAUUGUGUAGUUUGUUUGAUUAUAUGAUGUUAAUAAAAUAUCUUAAUUAUGUUCAUAUAUAUAUAAUUUAUUUAUUUUUUUUAAUUAUGUCUCAAUCCUAAAAUUCUAGGUGAUGCAAAACUUGGUCAAAGCUGUACAUAUAAUACCCAGCUCAGGGCUUAUGACUUUACAAGUAGUAUUGAUGAAUAAGCUUCAGUUGAAGAUGUGUCCUUGUGUUGCUUCAUAGACAGAUGUCAGAUGUUCCACUAGCCUUCAUCAGAACACAUGACCUGCAAUGCUUGCCUGCUUGGCUCAAAGACAGCAUUUGAAGAAAGUGUCAAUUUCCAUUAAGAGAAGUGUGAACUCUGCCAUUGGUGUGCUGGAAUUGUUAUAAAGAAAUCUUUCCGAUGAUUGUUUAAAUAAUUUAUUGCAAGAAUACCAUUUCGUUUUUUUUUUACAUUUCUCUUAAUAUAUGAUGUUUGCAGUCAUUCCAAUUGUUCUGGGUUCUGUUGCUGCAAUGUUGGGUUAUUAACUGCAUUGAAUAUGUGUUCUUAUUCCAUUCCAGUCACAAUGGGACCCUUCUGUGCUGCUCACUAUAUAUAUAUAUAUAUAUAUAUAUAUAUAUAUAUAUAUAUAUAUAUAUAUAUAUAUAUAUAUAUAUAUAUAUAUGGUCACUUCCUAUGUGAUUGGUCACAUGACAAGCAAGAGCACUGGGGUGAUACUGGUGUUGUACUCGGAAGAAGCAGUAGCUUGUAGGUUUAUAGUGCGGUCUGUGAUAUAUCUGCAUAUAUUAAGUUGAAGUCUAAAGAAAGAGUUAAUGAAAAGUACAAAACUAUGAUUGAGAUGCAGCUGUGUUGCUGUUUGCUGUUAUGUGGACAGUCUGUGCUUCUAUCAGGGAGAGAAUGUCUUAUGCUGUUGACACACAGAGAUAAGCCAGCAUCUAAAGUGUGCAUGCAAAUGGGUUUAGAGGGUUAGGUAAUUGGUCAUUGCUUGAUUUCUGUUUAUGAACAGGUGCUACAUUGUUGUGUCUAAUGAUAAUGUUUAAGCAGUAUGCGUGUAACUUUUGAUUAUUGGAAUCAGUAAAAUAAAACAUUUUCUUAAA